AUGUCUGUUUCUGAAGAUCAAGACGACUUCAUUUUCCGGCCUCAGCAACAUUUAGACCCAAAGUGGUUGAAUCCUGACUUACAAGAGGCCUUACACUGUCCAGAGGCUCUCUGUUCAUUAUUUAACAGCUUAAUUCAAGACCGAGAGAUAUAUUUCGACGCCGGAAAUGGUCUUGUUAAUGGUGCAGGUAUAACUGCAAAACUUGGUGAUAGUGGGAAGUAUUACUGCGGUUUAAGGAUUCUUAAUUGCACAUGUUGUGAUGGUCUAUGUGGACCACAUUCUGGAUGUGCCUGUCCUCCCUGCACUGCCCUAUCAGCUGAGGAAGAACUUCGGACUUCAAUACAAUCUAAACUUGUUGCACCAUUAAAUUCAACCCAGGUUGUUGAUGAAAUAAAAUGGAAACAAGACCCAGGUCCAGAGUGUCUUCUAAGUCUAAUAGAAUCUUUAGUGUGGGAACAACGUAUGAGAGCAAUACAUACAGCUGUAACUUGUCCGUACAUAUCACAAAUACGGCGGCUUAUUGUGCUUUGUCAUAGGCAUCUUGUUGCUGUGAUAAGGGAUCAAAGUCAUUACAAUGAACCUAAAAAGACGAGAGUGGAUAAAAAACCAUCCCAUGGGAUUAGUAAUAGAGCUUUAAGUAAUGUUGUUAGCACUCUCAAUAAACCAGUCGAAAUAGGAUCCGAAACACAAGAAGACGAAGUACAUACAGAGGAUUCUGAAAGCGCUUUAGCACGCGUAGGAGCGAGAGCGGCCCUCCGUCUCGCCCUAUCGCUCGUUCGUCGAGCAUGGCGUUGUGGUGAAGAUGCCGAUGUAUGCUCUCUCCUAUUACGGGAUGCUCUUGAAGCAGUCAGGGCCCUGCCAGACGCGGCGUUAUACGCUGGAAAUGGACAAACAAGCAUUGCCUCGCAACAGACUCCACGUUCGCAGAAAAUAUGGGCCGAGGUCGUUGAUAGUGCUGCCAAAUUUCUACACCAAGUUGUUGUUGGAGAAGUGGGUUGCAAUGUUCCCCAAGGGGACUGGCGAACGUCACUUUGUGUUUGGGUAGAAUUAUGUGCUCGACGAGCUGAGCUGCCAGCUUUAUUGAAAGCAGCUGAUGUAUUAGUCACCCUACCACCUAAACAAAAACGACAGUCGGAUAACAGGAUUGUGUUAGAAGAAUGCACUGCACCACUGGGGCCUUUUCUUAGGCGUAUGGCAAAAGUUACAGCACCAAAUCCCAUUGUGAACUCUGAUCCAAUGCCGGAAAAUAACGCUACCGCGACAUACCUCAAGGAAUUAGAAAUCCCAAGUGGCGACGGUUUAAUAAGCGUUAAAAAGGCAGGAAUUGCUUUGCUAUGUCAUCUAGAUAGACUGGGCGCGCCUUUGUUACCACCACUAAAAGGAUUUGUUACAUGCACGGAAUCUGCCCAAGAAGUCGUUUCUUUAGGUCUUGGUCCCAUACAGAUGGGAAGCCUCCGGAUCCAGCAAAUCGCGUGUGCAGAAAAGCUAGCAUUGGUAUUGUCUCAGGAUGGCGCGAUUUACACUUUGCCAUAUGAUACAUUUACACCUCAUUUAGUUCCAGGGCUCGAAGGUAAAACCAUAAGUCAAGUUGCAUGCCACCCAUUGGGACGACAUUUCUUAUGUCGUUCUGAAUGUGGUGGAGUUUGGACCUGGGGUUCGGGGGAAGACGGAAGGUUAGGACACGGAGAUACGGCACCUAGAGAUGCACCUCAGGCUGUUCACCAUUUGGCUCAUCACGAGGUGGUAAAAGUCGCUGCUGGACCAGCUUGCAGUGCGGUGAUCACAUCACGCGGAGCACUCUACACCUGGGGUCGAAGCGCCCAAGGUCGUCUUGGACACGGCACGAUUGAGAAUUGCCUAACACCACAGCCUGUCUCCUUCAAUGCCCAUAAUAUCGAACGAAUAAUUGACGUUGCACUAGCAUGGGGUGAAGGUCAAACGCUAUGUUGCACGUGGGAGGGGGCGGUGCAGGUGUUCGGUGAUAGUGAAGGAGGGACUCCGAGGACGCUAUCAGCACUGUCCAUGUUUCGGGUGAUACGCGUCUAUACUGGUGAACAUUGGCACGCUGCUCUGACCGAUGGAGGACAAGUCUACACAUGGGGUAAAGGUGAUAGCUUCCGUUUAGGUCACGGUAACUUAGAGGAGUUUAAAAUACCAAAACUCGUUGAGAGCCUACAAGGUACAAAGGUCGUUGACCUAUCCUUGGGUGCGACACAUGGUAUCGCUCUGACGUCAGAAGGCUCUGUAUAUGCUUGGGGAACGCACGAAAGAGCCCAGAUUUCCAAUCCCACUGCGCAGCUGAUACAAGUGUUUAAUCCUUCGUUUAAAGCUAAUGGUGUCACUAGCGGGCCAAAUCAUAUAAUAGCCUGGAGUGAAGAAAACCCAAGAGACCUGCCGUCUUCUAUGCCCUUCGUUAUUGACCUAUCCGAAAAUACUUUUAAACUGCUGGAGCGUCUCCUUAGAAUUGCGGUGGAACAAAGCAGCACAGUUAAUAUUAAAGAAAACGAAUGUCUAGCAAUCUCCUGUUUGAAUCUCCUUAGGUUACAAGUACACGCAUGGCAGUGUGCGCGCAGUAGCGAUGAUAUAAGUGACGCAGAUAAUAAAUCGUGGUGCGCGGGAGUUCAUUCCGCUCUAGUGUCUUUAGUAGAAGGACGCGCAGGAGCUGGUGCUGCUACCGCUGCCAGACGAGCAUUGGCUGCAGCAUGGCCUUUACUACUACCCACAGCGCAUGUGCGCGCACAUCAUCUCAUCUCGCUUCUACCUCAAGGUUCAGUACCAGCGAGUGCCGGCGCCCGAUUUAUGACGGAGCUAUUAGUGUGGUCCUUACUUGGAGGGGGUGGUCUCAGAGAUGCACUGCGUAACGCUCUUCAAGUAAAUUCGUCUGAUCCAUACAACCAUUUGCAGUUAGACGAUGAAUUCGACCAAGUCGACAUAGUUACUGGACAGCGGAGUCGACCCACCACUACGAUGGCUGAUGAAACAGAUGCUAUUCAAGUAGAAUCUAUAGAGGAAUACCAAAUAUCUAACGAAACGGCGUCAGAGAGUGGAGCGUCUGUACCUUUAAUGCACCUAGUUAAACAUCUCAUAAGAAAUACAACAUGCCAAACUCAGAUGCAUAUUAAGUCGAUUAUGGUUGGCGAUACGAGUAAAACUGACGAUCUUAAAGGACACGACACAGUCAGUCCAAGCUGUGACCUUCUUAUCCGCUUCCAGAGGUUGUUGUUUUGCGAAGCAAUGUGGUCUCGAGGGGGCAGAAGCACGAGGGGCGGUGUUCGUAAUCUCUUAACACAGUACGUGACCCUUCUCUCUGAACAUGUACAAUCUACACUGACCUGUUUCAUUACCGCUGUUCAUCGUGCGGAUAACAAUCAACUCACUAGUCUUUGUGAUCUCAUUAGUGCUGAUAUCGUAGGUAGAGUAGUCAGCGAAUUAGCUGUGUGGGUAUGCGCAUGCGCAGCUCGCUCUGCAAUCGCUCUUUCGGAUUGUUCAUCCUCCUUUCUCAAGAUAAUCCGUGCUUGUGAUAAAGCGGCCAAGUGUUUACCCUCUGCUGCGAAGUUAGAUGCGGAUCUUUUGGGGUGGCCAGGCUUGGUCUCCAGACGAAACCAGGCGAAUAACUUUGUUAUCAGAAAAUGUGACCUCCACAAUCAUACAAAAGAAGGAGGUUCGUGGAUCAUAAUAGCGGGCUACGUAUACGAUGUGGAAAAUUUCGACUGCGACAACGCUAGUACUGUAGAGUUAGUUCGAAAUAUGCGCGGGAGUGACGCAACCGCGGCAUUAAGCGAGGAACCGCAUGCGGCGUAUCUUGCACGCGUAACUGAGAAAUGCGUCGGAUUGUAUUCAUCGCAACUGUAUAACCAUAAGUGUCAGGAAAGUACGUCUAGUCUCCGCAGUCACCACGUCUUGUCGUCGUGUGCGUUUCACUUGACAUUUGGUCUUUCGCAAUGCGGCUUAAAACUGGCUCGAUCUUUGCCCACACAGCAAGUGGAAAAGGAAGCAUCCAUGUACGUCAGUGCUGUGUUCUUGAGAGGAGGUCUUCAAACGUCUUGCCCUGCUAACCCUUUCGAAGAAGAAAAAGCGGAAGCUCGAAGUGGAUCUUCAACGGGUGGAAACAGUCCAGCGAGUGAAGGCCCACAUAUUUCCAAUGCCUUGCACGUGACGCCUCAAGUUUCCAGUGUGUUGCUUAACCAACAAAAAGCACCGCGGAUUCCACGUGUUAACGUCAGUAUUUCGCCUGCCCGGGCGGAUGCUCUGUUACACGCUCUUGCCGAACCCAAAUUACAUGAUCCCCUCGCUUUACACCUGUGGUGGGCUUGUGAGAGACGAGAAGGAUGCGCUCCCCAUUUCCCACCGGAACAUCCCCUAGAAGAGUUAAGACGGGCUUUGUUAGCCGUUCUAUUGUACCAUGCUGGCUUAAAAGAGCAUGCUUUAGCGACCGCAACAGCAGAAAUGGAGAAAGGGGAGGUAAAGCUCUCACCGGCGAUGUCUGAAAUUGUAAAAGCUGUACAACAGAGCAAAUGGACCUUGAUGAGAACAAGACAACAACUAUCAAGAGGAUAUAAAGAGGUCUGCGCAGCUCCAUUAGAAAGAGCCAGAUUCCUCUUACACGAAGUUCGUGCUGCAAUAUCACCUGCGGUCUCGGCCUUGCUUUCCCGUCCUCCCUGUCAUCGUUCGCCCACUGCAAAGAGGAUGUUUAGGAAAGUUAUGAAACUUUCCAAAUUACCUAAUUUUAAUAAGUGCAUGGAAACAACAACCAAAGAUUUAAGAAAUAGACAAAACAGCUUAAGUAAGAGCAUGUUAAAAGCAACUGGUAGUUUAUUGCAAGGAGAUGCGUUACUCAUAAAGUCCACAAUCGCAAGUCAAUCAAGCAAAAAUGUCGAAGACCAACCGCUUCUUAUAGAACCCAGAAGUGAUUGUGAUCAAUCAAAGGAAAUUAGAAAUAUAUCCAAAAUUAAGUCAAAAGCUUACGACAAGGAAAUUAAAAACGCGUCCAAUUUCGACGAGAGCAGAAGUGAAAUGAGGGAGAGAGACGAACAGCUAGACAAGGAUGACGAUAAAACUCCUACAAAUGAGAUAUCAUUAAGCUCCAUGAAUGACAUAACCGAUAAUUCGGUUUUCAAAGAGUCUAUGGAGAGUGAGAAGCAAGUGAUGCUUUUAGCUGAUGAUUUAAAGAAUGAACUUAUCAUCGCUGAUGAAGAAAAGGAUGAUGAUAGUUCGGAACGGCAUAAGUUUGUAAAUGCUUGGGUGACGCGGAUGGCGUGUCAAGAAAAAGAUUUAUAUUGGCUCUUGGAAGAGGUGACGCCAGAACAACAAUGUGUAACUACAGCUAUAAUUGACUUUGUUAUGACUGAAGAACCCUGUGAUAUAGAUAUACUUAGAAGAGCUUUGUAUUGCCAGAUACAAAGAGCUGAAAUAAGAAGAAACGGCUAUCUAAUAAUAAACAGUAUUAUCCAUUCCUCACAAACUAUGUCAGACAGUAUUAAGUACGCGGCGCUGUCAGGAAUAUUAGGGGCAAGUAUGGCUGACUCAGUACCGCACACUCCGUUGAAACCAAGCAUUCCGUUGAAAAAGCCCUUGGAAGGGAUAGAGUCUGUGACACCGUACUUGAAAUACAUGGUGAUGAUAGAGAAAUCGAAACUGAUGGAUUUCAUCUUCAUAGAGUUGAAGGCGAGGGUUAUUGAAGGGGAACAAAGUCAGCCCUUGCCUUUGAAGAUGAGUGCGAAUUAUGGUGCUCACGCGCUGUUGAAUAAACCUUCUAGAGCCAGGUUCCUGAUAACCCUACUAUCUCUACUUAUUGAGGGAUGUCAAGGGCAGGAAUUGGAGCAACUGAUAAAUUGUGGAGCCCUAAGUUCAUGUCUGACCUUGCUGAAACAAAUCGGUGGUGAUACUUCACAGCACGCGUCGCUUAUAUGCCAUGGGAAUAAAUCGAAAUCGGACUGUUUAUUAAUAUACGAAGAUGAAAGACUGGGUGCUCGAGCGAGGGGAGCUUCUUUGUCUGGACCGGAGUUAGCUUCUUUGAUGAAGAUCGGUACACGCGUUGUACGCGGCAAAGACUGGAAGUGGGGCGAUCAGGACGGAGUACCGGGUGGUGAAGGACGAGUUGUCGGUGAAUUGGGAGACGAUGGAUGGGUUCGCGUGGCGUGGGAUGCUGGUGGAACGAAUUCAUACCGAAUGGGUAAAGAGGGAAAGUACGAUCUGAAACUCGCGCGCUCACCAUCACCACCGCCAUCUGUUGUCGAGACAAUACAAGGAUCCCCGGAAAUAACACAAGACUGGUGGCCAGUGAGUGAGGUACGCGCAGCGUGCACGAGCGCAGUGCGCGCGAUCUGCGCAGGAGUCGGUGCGAUUGGGGGAUCUGGUCAUUAUAGCGUCACUGCGCGACGAAACGUAGCUGCCCUUCAAAGGCGACUUCUCGCUCUAGCCCAUGCGCAUGUAUCUCCUCCACCUACAGCGUUCGCUGGUUACUUACAUUCUGCGCUUUCGUUAGUUAGAGUGACCGCGCAAACCUUUGAAAUGAGGGUGUCUCUAUGUACCGAUUCUUGGUUCGAACUGUGUUACAGCAUUAUUUCAUCCAACGACAAACCUAUUACUCUAGACUUAUUAUAUCUACAGAUUCAAGCUCUAUGGCUACUACGUCGAGUGUUAAGCGAACACACCGGUCCCGUUGAAUGGCGCCGGACUGUCAGCGCUCAGCUGAUUGCCCUAGCUGGCCGGAUCUGGUUGGAAACCCACGCUUCAGACCCAGCUUUAAGAACUCCGUCGCAUACCACGCCCGUUCCUCCACACAUGGAUGAAGAAGAAAUAGAUAACAGAUGGCGCGCACCAGCAACUGCCAGUUAUACCGGAGCUACUUGUGCAGCGAUUAUCAACCUUUUGCGACAAUUGCACGCCAUGCCGCAAUGGCAUGGACCCAUCACUAGUUUGCUUCUUGACAAAAUGCAGUUAGCUGCUCAAAUGAUAACAAAUGACUGGCAUUGGUGGCCACACGCAAGUCAAGAUUUGGCACAAACACUGAAACCAACGCCUCCCACGCUAGAUACAUGUCUAAUCGCUGGUGCUUUGGGGGUCGUGGGUGGUAUGGAAUGGCGGUUGCGUUUAGGUCAACGUGUCAGUGCCGGUUCGCCCCCACGUAACGCUGUUAUAACACAACUCUCAACGCGAGCCAAGAUUACUUUGGUGCAUGAUGACAAUACUACAACUAAGACUGAUCUAAACAGCGUACAGAAUAUAGAAAGUGAAAAGCUGUCACAUCCGCUAGGGGGCGGCGAAAGCGCCCUAAGAGUAUCCGCUGCCCUACUCGGUGCGGGGCCCCAAGCUUCGCCUAUGCAUCCACACCACUUACCUGCGGAAAUUGAUGUGUUUGGAUUGAGGAGACAGCAGAUGGAGUUGCUAACGCUAACAGCUGUACGGGGAUUGCUAACGACCCGCACUAGGCUCAGAAAUGUGCUGAUGCAACCACCAGAUAAUUCAACAGGAUCACUUGAACGAGCUGGGACGACACUGGGAACAGAAGGAACUUUAUUACGCCGGCUACUAGCGCUAGCAACUCGGCCUAGUCCGUUAGCUGCGUCUCACUCGCCGAAAGAUCUCGGUACAGCAGCUUUGACUAUAGCACAGCAAUUGGCGGCGCACAUUGCAAGUGAUGAUAAGGACUACGAAUCUCCUCCUGAAAUACCUAUAAUAGAUAAGAGUAACGUAAUGCAAUUGUCUGUCGGACCGUCUACCAGUACUGCUUCUCUGUCCCGAAAAGACCUCAACACUUGGACGAAUUCUUCACAAGUGCAACAAGUCAUUGAGAUGGGUUUCUCGCGGCACGCCGUCUACGCCGCUAUACAGACACUCGGCGGAACCACUCUACCGUCUGUAGAAUCGCUAGUCGCCUAUCUUCUAGAGUUGCCGCAGCAAGGAAUGGACGACUCUGUAUUCGAGCCGAGGUUAAUGACCUCGAAGCUAGAGAAAAAGCAAACACCCUAUCGUUGGCGGAGUUGUUUCGCCUCUGAAGACGAAUACGCACAAUACUUGUCGGAUAUUAUUACACCUGGUAUGACUGUACGGUGUUGCAAGGCUUAUGAAAAUAUUGCCCUGGGUGAUGUUGGCCAAGUACAGAAAGUUGAACGAGACAUCAAACAAAACGUUUAUUUACACGUGGAAUGGCGGGGACUCGGUCGCAUAUCGGGCAUUCGAGCGCUUCACGCGGAAGUGGUUUCUGGUGCGCCCCCGUUUGCAGCUGGAGAUCGGGUGCGUGUUCGCGCCGCUGUCACACAACCCCGUUAUAAAUGGGGCUGCAUAGACCAUUCUAGUGUUGGAACUGUUACAGCUAUUUCUAGCAAUGGAAGGGACUUGACAGUUGAUUUUCCACAACAACCUGGCUGGACCGGUCAAGUUAGCGAAAUGGAACUAGUAACUGAUCAGUCCGAAUGGGGUGAGAGCGCAGGCGGUACUAAUGUCGGUUGGCGAGGUGCGGUGCGAGCUGUACGGGUUUCGUCCUGUCGGUCGGGUGCGGGAGCGCGACGUCUUCUAGAUUCACAGCCACAUACGUAUUGGCAAAGCUCCACUGGGACUGGGCAGCACUGGAUUCGCGUUGAAAUGCGUUGCGGUGUGCGUAUACGUCGCCUCGGUUUGGGCGUAGCCGGUGGAGUCCACGCCCCUUCAGCUUUAUCUGUGCGUGCGGGCUCAAGUUUCGAUGACUCUGCAUUAGCGCCGCUUGCUGCUGUGCCCUGCGCACCUGCACCACCAUCUAGGGACAGACCUCCAACUCACUUGGCGCAAAUACAGCUUCUUUCAGAUUGUAAACAAUAUUAUUCAUGUAUUGAAAUUGGGAUAAAACAAAACCGCAAUGUGAACGCCGACUGUCGUGUGUACGGUCUCUACGUUACUGGUUUCAGACCAAAUCCAUUGUAUACAGAAAUAUUAUCAGGCAUGAACUUUGUAGCAGAGGAUUGGAUGGAGAAGGAUCCGCCCACUGGUGCAUUGCCAACCGACAACAAUGCGCCUUCUGUACAACCUGACUGUCCAAAAGUGUACGUGUGGGGAUUGAAUGAUAAAGAUCAACUCGGCGGAGUGAAGGGAUCUAAAGUAAAAGUGCCAGUGUUUUCGCCGGGGCUGAGCGCUUUACGACCCUUACAUGUUGCAGGUGGAUCCAAAACGCUAUUUAUCGUCUCACACGAUGGGAAGCUAUUCGCAUGUGGAGAAGGGACUAACGGUCGUCUUGGAUUGGGACACAGUAACAACGUUUCCACGCCGAAAGCAAAUCCUUACCUUUCCCACGUGUUGGUUAGACGGGUGGCGGUACACUCUGGUGGGAAACAUGCUUUAGCCCUGACUGCUGACGGAAAGGUCUAUUCAUGGGGUGAAGGCGAAGAUGGUAAACUGGGCCACGGAAAUCGGCUAACGCUUGAGUCACCUCGUCUCAUCGAAUCGCUGGCGGGUGAACGAGUAGUUAAUAUUGCUUGUGGUUCAGCGCACAGUGCAUGCGUGACCGCUCGAGGGCACCUGUAUACAUGGGGCAUGGGAGAGUAUGGGCGAUUGGGGCACGGCGAUUAUGUGACACAACUGUCGCCUAAAAUGGUGGAAGCACUAGCUGCAUUUAGAGUGAUCCAUGUUGCGUGUGGGUCACGUGACGCACAAACAUUGGCUCUAACGGCCUGUGGGAAGGUCUUCUCAUGGGGCGAUGGUGAUUUUGGAAAAUUGGGCCGCGGUGGUUCCGACGGCUGCGCUGUGCCAAUGAACGUUGAAAGACUAAACACGCUAGAUGUGGUGCAGGUCGAAUGUGGUGCUCAAUUUAGUCUGGCUUUAACACGCGAUGGAGAGGUUUGGACGUGGGGCAAGGGUGAUUAUUUUCGUCUGGGCCACGGAUGCGACGCCCACUUCCGACGCCCCACACUGGUGGAAGCAUUACGCGGGCGAAGGGUUAUACAUGUCGCCGUUGGUGCACUCCAUUGCUUGGCUGUUACCAGUGAUAAUCAGGUGUGGGCAUGGGGAGACAACGACCAUGGUCAACAGGGUAACGGAACAACUUGCGUGAACCGUAGACCGGCAUUAGUCGCUGGCGUGGAAGGUGUGCAAAGAGCUGCUGCUGGUUCAUCGCAUUCCGCUGCUUGGGCGCUCCGCCCCGUUGCGUUACAGGCGGAUGUGACCACGCCUCAUAUAGCACCUUUACCUUUCCCUUCAUUGAAAGAUCCUUUAGGCGCACAUAGUCUUGGUUUGUACGCAGAAGAGAACAGUAUAGAAGAGUCCCACGGCCCUCGACCUUCGCUAGCAGCCGCUGCGUUGACACUCGAACCACCUGUUGCUGUCCAACAUGCUCUGUCACUUAUACUACUAGCUUUGCAUAUUACACAGGCCCGCUGCCUCCUCGUAGAAGCGUUACGGGCACAUGAAGUAUGUACGAGCACACCAGUGGUUGGCCUUGAAACUGAAGAGGAGGAGACUGAAGCUGACGCUAGGACUGGUGGCGGGGAGGCACCCGCGGAUAGAGCUACACUACCUAGUGGUGCUAGCACCCCGCUUAGUGGAUCUAUAUCAUCCCGGCAUUCAGCAGUGAUGUCAUCAAGUGCGGUCUCGGUGGCUGCGGCAACCAUGACAGUUCAACAAGCAGAAGCACCCAAGGUUGAAUUGGACGAUUUCACAUCACAACUUGGUGAGUCUGAUGCCAGGGCGUUAGUCGAUCUACUAAAGUUGGCGGCAGCUGGACGAAUACCAGAAGCAAGUAAUGCUGUCAAAGUUAUCACCGAUGUUCUUAUGGCUUUGUGUGCAAGCAAACCAAGCGUAGCUGAUAUGGUGGUCGAAGUCUGUGUGUGUGAGUUGGAAGAAGCAGCUGCCGGAAGUGGUAGAGCUCCACCGCUGCCUGUAACUGUAGACAGUCCACAUCCUUACGCUGACGAUACGGAUAUAUCAGGAGUUGUGAAAAUUCCCGGUGCGUCAUCUCUCCGCGUGUCUUUCGAACAGGGCUGUUCUACGGAACGACGAAAUGAUCCGUUAACUAUAUCGGAUGCUGCUGGACGCGUUUUGGCUACUCGCUCCGGUAGAGAACCCACGGAUUGGGCGCAAGAAGUUAUCGUUAAUGGUGACGAAUUGCGUUGGAGAUUUACGAGUGACGGUUCUGUUAACGGUUGGGGUUGGAGAUUCACCGCACAUCCAAUAUUACCUACUCAUUCGCCUUCGGAAAGUGGUACCGAUCGAUACGUGCUCUCGUGUCCGUCUGUGGAACUUGCUUGGCGGCUCUUGGAUGGACCUCUCUUAACAGCCAUUUCGAACGAUCACCAACUUGCGCCCAGGUUGGCACAAGCGCUUGCCAUUUGCGCACAGAUGCUAACAUUAUCUUGGCGAGCCCGUGUUUGGUGUGUACGUCGUCUUCGCGGUGUGGUCUGUGGUGGAGAAGGUGAACCAACAGCCGGCACACCACCAGCGCUGCAACAUCUGCCCCAGCUGUUACAAGCCCAGUACGAACACGAAGAACCCGCUCUCAGAACUGGAACACAUCUCAUGCACACACAUUAUUUAAAGGAACUAGCGUGGCUCGCUUGUGGCUUACGCGUAGACUCACGGGUGUGCAACGACCUCGGUGUCUAUACUGAAGAAGGGUCUAGUGAAUCCAACGCUUUCGAAGACAACUCGAAGUUUACUAGGCAGCAUGAUGAGCAGUUAUUGCACUGGGUGAAUAAGCGUCCAGAAGAUUGGACUGGCUGGUGGAACGGCAGUUCCCGUGGCUGUGCUGUUUACGGAUGGGGUCACAACCACCGGGGUCAACUUGGUGGGGUGGAAGGUGCUAAGGUCCGAUCGCCUACCCCGUGCCAAGCCCUCGCUAGUCUCAACCCAGUGCAACUUGUGGGCGGUGAACAAACACUCUUUGCAGUCACACCGGAUGGAAAAGUAUAUGCCACAGGUUAUGGGGCAGGUGGUCGUUUGGGAAUAGGAGGUAUAGAUUCCGUAUCACAGCCUACAUUACUGGCGUCCUUACAACACGUUUUUAUAACAAAGGUCGCCUGUAAUUCCGGUGGAAAACAUUGCCUGGCUCUGUCUUCCGAUGGAGAUGUUUACAGUUGGGGUGAAGGAGAAGAUGGUAAACUCGGCCAUGGAAAUCGAGUGAAUUACGACCGACCAAAGCUCAUAACGGCUCUCUCUGGACUAGAAGUGGUAGCAAUAGCAUGUGGUGGUGCCCAUUCUGCGUGUCUGACCGCGAGAGGUCGUAUCUACACUUGGGGUAAAGGUCGUUACGGGCGCUUGGGACAUGGAGACUCAGAGGACCAACUCGUACCCAAAAUGGUGGAAGCACUUGCCAACUACAGAGUGAUAGAUGUGGCGUGUGGUUCGGGCGAUGCACAGACCCUGUGCAUAACAGAUGAUGACAAUGUAUGGUCUUGGGGUGAUGGGGAUUAUGGAAAAUUGGGCCGUGGUGGUUCCGAAGGCUGUAAGCUACCUAUGAGAAUAGAUUGUUUGAAAGGUCUACGAGUAAUCAAGGUAGAGUGCGGAUCACAGUUUUCCGUGGCGCUCUGUCAGUGUGGAAGUGUUUAUACUUGGGGCAAAGGCGACUAUCAUAGACUCGGACACGGAAGCUACGACCACGUUCGUAGACCAAUGCGCGUCACGGGUAUGCAGGGAAAAAUGAUCGUCUCGAUUGCCACUGGAAGUUUACACUGCGUCGCUUGUACGGAUACAGGCGAGGUUUACACUUGGGGUGAUAAUGACGAAGGACAAUUGGGCGAUGGAACGACAUUAGCUGCACAAAGGCCUAGAUUACUUGUGGCUAUGCAAGGCAAACGUGUAACAAAGGUUGCCUGCGGAAGUGCACACACUGUAGCGUUGUGUGUGGAGGCUCCGAGAGCCCCCCGUGCUCCUCCACAUCCACCACUCGAAUGCCAUCUGUUACGAGACAUGUCACCGCAACGCAUGUGCCAUAGACUGGUACUACUCCACCAAUUCUCAGAACUCGUAUGUCCAAAUCUGCCUUUACUAAUUUUGGACGGACCGUUCGACCAACUACGCACACUGCUGUUUUACAGUGUAAAGGAAGGUGCUUUCAGGAAGGCAAUAAUGACAACGAUGGUCAGAGAACGCCAGCACGGUCCCGUGGUCGAGUUGUCCCGGGUGGCAGCUAGACGGGCGCGUCGCGGCGGCACGGGCUUAGCUGGGCCAGCGGGUAUGCGGUCGGUCUUCGGCCAGAUGGUAGCUCGGUUACCUGCUCUCACGCAAGAUGCUCUCGCUUUGCCUCAUCGCGUGUGGAAAGUUAAAUUUGUUGGUGAAAGCGUGGAUGACUGUGGAGGUGGGUAUAGCGAAAGUAUCGCGGAAAUGUGUGAGGAACUACAGAACGGAUCGUUGCCGCUACUAAUGGCAACGCCCAACGGCCGGGGCGACGCGGGCGCAUCACGAGACGCCUUCUUGCUCAAUCCUACAGCUAAUACGCCAUUACAUCUCAACUGCUUUAGAUUCCUUGGUGUCCUCAUGGGCAUUGCGAUUCGAACCGGCUCGCCCUUAUCCCUCUCGCUGGCUGAAGGUGUUUGGAGGCAAUUAGCUGGACAGCCAUUACGCCCACAAGACCUUGCCGAAGUCGAUAAGGAUUUCCUACCAGCUUUGCUGUGUAUACGCGACAUGACUCCCACUAACAAGGAACUCCAAAACUUGGAACUGCCCUUCUCCAUUCCAUCGGCAGCUGGGCAUGAAGUGCCGCUGUCGACGAGGCAUAAGCGCGUUACGCCGGACAAUAAAGAUGAAUACGUGCAGUUGGCACUUCAUUACAGGUUACACGAAUUUGACGAGCAAGUUCGCGCCGUACGUGAUGGUAUUUCGCGGGUGGUUCCCGCGCCUUUGCUGGCUCUUUUUACUGCUGGGGAGCUUGAGACUCUAGUAUGUGGUUCACCGGAUAUACCAGUUCAUACUUUAAGAGCCUCCGCUACGUAUAAAGGUGUUGAACCCAACGCUCCACUAGUGCUGUGGUUCUGGGAAGUAAUGGAAGAGUUGUCGGGGAGUGAACGGGCUUUGUUCUUGCGUUUUGUGUGGGGACGAACGCGUCUACCGCGCGCACCACAAGAUCCGCGGCAGAGGGACUUUGUGCUGCAGGUUCUCGACAAAUAUCAGCCUCCGGACCACUUCCUACCAGAAAGUUACACUUGCUUCUUCCUUCUCAAAAUGCCAAGAUAUUCGUGCAAAAGUGUUCUACGAGAGAAACUAAGAUAUGCAAUCCACUUCUGCAAGAGUAUAGACACAGAUGAAUACGCACGAGUGGCCCUAAGUGCAGCCGAACGUGUCUCGUCUGAGGAGUCUGAUACGGAAGACACAGCUGCGCCUACGCAGACCAAUCCACCACCACUGUAUUCCCUAGCUAGAGCACCCACUUGGUUAUAG